GGGCGCGGUGCAUUCGGGGAGUGCAGCGGCCGGCGGUCUCCUUAGGAACGCGGCCCGGGACGGAAGCAGGGAGCGGAUCGCCGCGCAGCGCAGGCUGUGUGUGAAAAAUGAUGCAAAAUGUACAUCUGGCUCCUGAGGCUGAUGAAGAUGAUCUUUAUUCUGGCUACAAUGAUUAUAAUCCCACGUUUGACACAGAGGAUUUAGAAAAUGAUGUGGCUUUUCAACAGGCAGCAAGAACAAGUCAUGGUAGAAGACCUCCUAUGACAGCCAAAAUUCCUGGUACAUCAGCUUCAAGACCUUUAGCUACUGGAUUUGGGUCAAAGGCAAGUUUAAAUUCAUCUAUGGGAAGACCAACAACAGGAGCUAUGCAGGAUGGAGUUGCUCGACCAAUGACAGCAGUGCAUGCUGCAGGUUACACUAAGGCAUCUGUGAGAGGUUCUUCAUUUGAUCCUCUUGGCCAAGCAAGAGGUCCUGCUCCACCUCUGGAAAUGAAAAAUGCAGACAGUUCAGAAGAGAAGAUUAGGCAGUUGGAAAAAAAAGUGAAUGAACUGGUUGAAGAAAGCUGCAUUGCCAACAGUUGUGGAGACUUGAAAUUGGCUCUGGAGAAAGCAAAAGAGGCUGGAAGAAAGGAAAGACUAUUGGUGAGACAACGUGAACAAAUUGCAACUCCAGAAAACAUCAACUUAGACCUCACUUACUCUGUUCUUUUCAAUCUGGCCAGUCAGUAUGCUGCUAAUGAAAUGUAUGCUGAAGCAUUGAAUACUUACCAAGUUAUAGUGAAGAAUAAGAUGUUUAGCAAUGGAGGCAGACUGAAGGUGAAUAUGGGAAAUAUAUAUUUAAAACAACGGAACUAUUCCAAAGCUAUCAAAUUCUACCGUAUGGCUCUAGACCAGAUUCCUAGUGUCCACAAAGAGAUGAGGAUUAAAAUAAUGCAAAAUAUCGGCGUGGCAUUUAUUAAAACUGGCCAAUAUAUUGAUGCAUGUUCUUCAUUUGAACACAUAAUGAGCAUGUCCCCAAACCUGAAGGCAGGCUUCAACUUGAUCCUAUGUUAUUUUGCUGUUGGAAACAGUGAGCAAAUGAAAAAAGCCUUCCAAAAUCUGAUUGCAGUUCCCUUGGAAGUGGAUUAUGACGAUAAGUACAUUUCCCCAAACGAUGAUCCACAUACAAAUCUACUAAUCGAAGCCAUUAAAAAUGACAGCUUAAGACAAAUAGAACGUGAGAGGAAAUCCAUGGCAGAGGAAUACAUCAUGACAGCUGCCAAACUUAUUGCGCCUGUGAUUGAGACAUCUUUUGCAGUGGGCUAUGACUGGUGUGUUGAAGCAGUAAAAGCUUCCCAUUAUGUAGAGUUAGCCAAUGACCUGGAAAUAAAUAAAGCCAUUACUUAUCUGAGGCAGCAGGAUUUUAACCAGGCACUGGAGACCUUAAAGAUGUUUGAAAAGAGGGAUAGCAGAGUAAAGAGUGCAGCUGCAACAAACCUUUCCUUCCUCUAUUAUUUGGAGAAUGAAUUGGCACAAGCAACCAACUAUGCAGACUUAGCUGUAAAUUCUGAUAGGUACAAUCCAGCAGCUCUAACUAACAAAGGAAAUACUGUUUUUGCAAAUGGAGACUAUGAAAAAGCAGCUGAGUUUUAUAAGGAAGCUCUAAGGAACGAUUCCUCAUGCACUGAAGCACUUUAUAAUCUUGGUUUAACAUACAAGAAGUUAAACAGAAUAGAUGAAGCUUUGGAUUGUUUUCAGAAACUCCAUGCAAUCCUUCGAGAUAGUGCCCAAGUUAUUCACCAGAUAGCACAAAUAUAUGAGAUCUUGGAAGAUCCCAAUCAAGCAAUAGAGUGGCUCCUGCAGUUGAUCAGUGUAGUACCAACUGACCCACAUAUACUUUCAAAGCUGGGGAAAUUAUAUGAUAAUGAAGGUGACAAAUCCCAGGCUUUUCAUUAUUACUAUGAGUCGUACCGGUAUUUCCCGUCAAACAUUGAGGUCAUUGAAUGGCUUGGAGCCUAUUACAUUGACACCCAGUUUUGUGAAAAAGCCAUUGAGUACUUUGAAAGAGCAGCACUUAUCCUACCGACUCAAGUGAAGUGGCAGUUGAUGGUUGCCAGUUGCUACAGGAGAAGUGGUAACUACCAGAAAGCUCUAGAGAAGUACAAAGUCAUUCACAGAAAAUUCCCAGAGAAUGUUGAAUGUCUCCGGUUUUUAGUUCGCCUCUGCACAGAUAUGGGGCUGAAAGAAGUCCAGGAAUAUAUGACAAAGCUCAAGAAAGUGGAAAAAUUAAAAGAAAUAAGAGAGCAGCGCAUUAAAUCUGGCAGAGAUGGCAGUGCACGCAGCCACAGAGAAGGAAGUGCUGGUGGUGGUACAAAGAAGGUCCUGUACUGAGCCUGGAGUUAAUUUUCUGCUGGGAUUCCUGAUUAAAAGUUGAGGAACCUGUGGCCUUGUGUGGAUAUCAGCUGCUAUAAUCACAGAGCUUGUGGUCUUGUGGAUAAGCAGCUAUCUUCCUGGGACAGUGGCGUCAAAAUACCUUGGGACAAACAUUGUUGAGGCAAACAUGAAGAAAACAAACUUAACUCCUUACACCUACUCCUGCUUUUUUUCUGUCCUCAAAAUGUUUUCAUCUGCAUCAUCUUUGAAGCUCAGCACACACCUCCUUCUUUUGCAGGCCUGUGCAAAGCUCACUGAAAUCCAGAGGAGGCCUUUUUGUAAUUUCACAGCCCAUUUAUUGAGACUCCCAGCCAAACCCAUUGAUUUCUUUCAGUUUCUUCACAUUCUUCUUUAGGCAUUCACUUCUUCCAAUGAAACCUGUCUGAAAAUUGAUCCAAGGGGAGGAUCAAUGUACAUUAAAAUAGAUUUUCCUUGCUUUGAA